GAUGAGAAAUCAUCAUUUACUUAGCCCGCAGCUCGUUGCUAGCUGUUGCUCGGAGCCCUGUGUCGAGGUGUUGUCAGCGUAGCAGACGAAAACAGCACAUUUCCUCGACUUUUACUCGGCGCAACGAUGACCCUCUGACAACAAGAAUGGACAUAAGUUUACAAUGACGGGGGAGAAAAAGAAGAAAAAGCGGCUGAACCGCAGCAUUCUUCUUGCAAAGAAAAUUAUAAUAAAAGAUGGAGGAAGUCCUCAGGGAAUCGGUGAGCCCAGUGUUUACCAUGCUGUGGUGGUCAUCUUCCUGGAGUUUUUUGCAUGGGGUCUCCUCACCACCCCGAUGCUCGCGGUAUUACACCAAACAUUCCCCCAACACACAUUCCUGAUGAAUGGGCUCAUUCAUGGUGUCAAGGGCCUAUUAUCAUUUCUGAGCGCUCCACUGAUUGGAGCAUUGUCAGACGUAUGGGGACGCAAGUCUUUCCUGCUGCUAACAGUCUUCUUCACGUGUGCGCCCAUUCCACUGAUGAAGAUCAGCCCAUGGUGGUACUUUGCAGUCAUCUCCAUGUCUGGCGUCUUUGCUGUCACCUUCUCUGUGAUCUUUGCUUACGUGGCCGACAUCACGCAGGAGCAUGAAAGGAGCACAGCAUACGGUUUGGUAUCGGCGACCUUUGCAGCCAGCCUGGUUACCAGCCCUGCCAUUGGAGCCUACCUGUCUGUGACCUAUGGUGACACGUUGGUGGUGAUCCUGGCCACAGCCAUCGCACUGCUCGACAUCUGCUUCAUCCUAGUGGCUGUACCAGAGUCGCUGCCAGAGAAGAUGAGGCCAGCAUCAUGGGGAGCACCAAUCUCCUGGGAACAGGCGGACCCAUUUGCUUCUCUGCGUAAAGUGGGCCAGGAUUCCACAGUGCUGCUCAUCUGUAUCACAGUGUUUCUCUCCUACCUCCCUGAGGCUGGCCAGUACUCCAGCUUCUUCCUUUAUCUCAGACAGGUUAUAGGCUUCUCAUCAGAGACUGUGGCUGCUUUUAUCGCUGUAGUGGGGAUCCUCUCAAUACUAGCUCAGACGGUGGUGUUGGGAAUCCUGAUGCGGUCCAUUGGAAAUAAGAACACAAUACUGCUCGGCCUCGGCUUCCAGAUCCUCCAGCUGGCGUGGUACGGCUUCGGCUCUCAGCCCUGGAUGAUGUGGGCAGCUGGAGCUGUGGCAGCCAUGUCCAGCAUCACUUUCCCAGCCAUCAGCGCCAUCGUGUCCCGGAAUGCUGAUCCAGACCAACAAGGUGUCGUCCAGGGAAUGAUUACAGGAAUCCGUGGCCUCUGUAAUGGUUUGGGUCCUGCCCUUUAUGGUUUUGUCUUCUACUUGUUCCACGUGGAGCUGAGCGACACAGACGGCUCCGAGAAAGGUGCCAAAGUCAACAUGGCCAACCCCACAGAUGAGAGUUCCAUCAUCCCAGGUCCUCCCUUCCUCUUCGGUGCAUGCUCAGUGCUGCUGUCUCUGCUGGUCGCCCUGUUUAUCCCAGAGCACACGGGGGUCGGCCCGAGAACCGGUGCCUACAAGAAGCACAGCAACGGGGCACAGAGUCACUCCCACAGCCCCCAGGGCAGCGGGGCAGAGGGCAAGGAGCCUCUGCUGGAGGACAGCAGCGUAUAACCUUAGCUAAAGGGGGCGGACACCCGCACUCCCCAGCCAAACGCCUGCACAAAUGGACAAAGUACACACAUUUUACCGUACAGACACACUCGCACCUCAGGCGCACAUGAGACUUGAGUGCCGCAGAAGAGGUGUAUGUGUCCGUGUUUGUGUCCACAGCACAAAAGUGGGCACUUGUUCCUAAGCAGCCCUGUUGUGUGUGUGUGUGUGUGUGUGUUUUUUAAAGCAGGGUAAUUGUGAGGACCCUGUUCAAUGAGAGAGUGAGUAUUUUUCAGGCUGCACUGGAAACGUGUGUGUGUGUGACUCGGCUGAGCUGGACUCUAAUCCCUGGUUUCUAUAAUACGGUAACAGAGUAGAGCAUACAGCAAAGGUCACCCCCAAAACCCUCCUGGUGAGAAUCAGAAACAAAGCGUUUUAGUUAGAGUGUGAGCAUAGAGUUUCUCAAAUGUCACUAAAUCCCUGUGUGAUAAUUCUCGUUCCUGUGUUGCCGGUUAAGUGGCAGCUCGGCCUGUCUCAUGGUUCACUGCAGUUCUGCUGUGACAACAUUUUCAAGAAGGGAACACACAUUUUCUUUUUUUGUCCUCUGAAUGCACAGUAGCUGUAAACCUGUGAGUGGCGUCUCACAGAAGCGAGGACGGGGUCAAACAGUUUUACUUAGAAACGGCUUUGUAAGACCACCAUUUGUUUAAAUAUCACACUUGUUAACAGACUGAAGUGUGUGCAUACAUGACCACUUAAUUCAUUUGUUUUGUUUUUUCAACAUUUACUUGCCAUUCUCUAGGUUAGGAUUACAUUUUGGGUUGUAUAUGUUUCUGUUUAAUCCAAAGGCUAGUUGUGCUUUCAAAUUUUAAUCCAAGAAACAAAUGUUGCCUUGACGUGACUUGAGAUAAAUGAAUAUAUACAUAAAGAAGACACAUUACGUGACCUGUAUGAAGACCCAGGUCUGAGGAGGCUCUGUAAUCUUACACUAUCGCUCCCAUCGGAGCCGUUACUCACUUUUUAUUCCUCUUCUUUUUUUUGCUUAACGUCCUUCCCGUCACUCAGUUUUCUGACGUUUAUCACCAACAGGUUUGAGUUUUGCAGAGAGAUGCUUUUAUUUCAAACAGCCUCCGGGCCAUUUAGUAGCUGGACACUCUGGAAAGUCUCUUAUCAGCGGUCAGUGGUGAGUGAUGCCGACUGUUAAUGCAGGGAGUUUGAAUUAAUAUCAUUGGGUUCAACAGCCGAUCGGUGUUGUCACUGCAGGGCUGUGAUGUAAUGUCAACUGAGUCAGAUUGGUGUAAAACGGAUAAACGGUGUCACGUAAUCUCUCUCUCAGAGACUCAACUUUUAGAUGUCAAGCACCUCAUUUAACAGGCUACAGAUUGUCCACAAGGGGGAGUGCUUUGGUCACUGUACAGCAUCUGCAUGAACCUGCCUGAAAGCAGCAACAGCAGCUUCAAUAUUGAGGGAUGAAAAACAGCUGCAGAAUCUUCAGUAUUUCUCGAGUUUCAAUGUUGAAAAAAGAAAGUUAAUUUCACAUUGUAAACUGCUGCUGUUGCUUUUCUCCUCACAGGUCGACGCUGUGUGUCCCCUCUUUAUUUUAUUUCUUUCCUUGUCCCGAUGACUGUUAAAGACCGGUUUAAAUGAUUCCAGUCGCCAUUUUAAAACCUUUAAUUUAAAAAAAAAAAGGUAAAUGUCAAGUGCAUUUAAACAAAAUUACAACAGAUACUGUUAAGUAACUGACGCUGGAUUUCAACAUCCCUCGAGUGACGUCAUGUUUUUGUGCCAAUUUCGGUUGCUUUUUCAUACGCGUCGUGAAUGUGUGAGUGGUGUGGAUAUUGUUUCUUUGCUUUUUUUGACUUGAUGUCUCUGGCUCAAGAUUUAAGUUUUAACACUCUUCUUUUUAUAUGUCUUUUUAAAAUGUCAUUUUUAGGCUUGUUUUUUUUUUCUUCUUUUUCUGUUUUCAGUCUUCAAUAUCAAGCAUUUCUCCUUUUCAGUUAACACAUUUUCAAAGUCACUGAAUGUUGAGAACCAGGCCGGAGACGUCGACCACAC